GACUAGUUGAGCUGCGUGCAGUUGGGCUGUGGCUCACUAGGGGGAGUAAAAGAGCAAGAGACUGAAAGAGACCAGGAGACGACUUUUGCUGUUUGUGAGCCUGUGCACCAAGAGGAGGAGGGGCUGGCUUGCGUGUGGCGGCUCCACCCUCACUUUGUCAGCAGGUAGAGUGCGUGAUUGCAGUCCCAGGGGAAGGAGUCAGAGCUGGUACACCAAUUACAAACCACAGGUUUCCUGCUGUAGGGAGCCGAUCCAGAAUUGUCUUUCUUGAAAGGAAGCACUUCAACCCUGCCUCCUUCUGAACUUCCAAGUCCAUCCACGAUUCAGGGAUACCGCCUUCUCCCUCUGGGAUUUUCUGUGGUUUUGGUAGUAAAUGUUCUACUUCGUUUCUCAUCUUCGUUUCCAAGAGCUGACCAUUUAAUAUUCUGUACGGAGGCGGGGGGGAAAGACUUUUGUUAGAUUUUAGAGAUGAUUUCGGAUCUUCUUUAAGCAUUUCCAGAGUUCUUGAGGACGGUAGCUCUCGUCCUGGAAUAAGUUUCUGCCUUUGACCUGCGUGGAUUACUUUUUCGGGCUUCGGAAUUUCAAAGCACGGCACCUACCUGGAGUGGGAGCACUUGGUCUGAUUGCAGACUGAGAAGGUGGAAGCAUGAGCCGCAUUGGGCUAAGCCGCUCAGGUCUUUUAAAGCAGGAUUUAUAAAAGCAUAAUUGAAUUUGUUUCAACCCCCCGUGGACUCCGGUGGGCCCGACAGCAGCAACAGGGCAGCAUGUCUUCGUGUUCUGAUCUGAAGCCCCUCACUCACCUGCGAUGCACUGCUUUAGCUGUUUACUGACCUUGUUUUAUUCAUCGGCCUUGGGUUUAGUGCCUCAGAAAUCUGGUACAUAUGGAAGACCAACAGCAAGUGAUCUGACAUAAUACCAAUCCAUGCUUGUAUCUAAAGCACAUUUGGAAACUCCAAAGAGAAGAGGUGGCGUUUCUCUAUUCGCAGUGAGGAUGGGAAAACAGGACAUACCUGCCCCAGAGGUGGGCUGAAAAGGCCAUCUUCUCUUCCCAGUCAGAAAUACUGUAACCUGUGCUUGGGAAUCUACUUUAGAGAAAAGGAAGGACCAGAAUCUGACUCAGCUCUCUGAAGCAGAGGAAUAGCAUCUUUCCCCUUCAUUUUCUGCACUGGGGAUCUGCCUUUGGGAUGAGCUAGUGGAAGCGGUAUGCAUGGCCGAAGAGCAUUGAUGCAGCUGGUAGCAUGAGUGGUGGCCACCAGCUGCAGCUGGCUGUCCUCUGGCCCUGGCUGCUGAUGGCGACCCUACACGCAGGCUUCGGACAUACUGGACUGGUGCUGGCAGCAGCGGUGGAGUCCGAAAGAUCAGCAGAACAGAAAGCUAUUAUCAGAGUGAUCCCCUUGAAGAUGGACCCCACAGGAAAACUGAACCUCACUUUGGAAGGUGUGUUUGCUGGUGUUGCAGAGGUGACUCCAGCAGAAGGGAAGCUAAUGCAGUCCCACCCCCUGUACCUGUGCAACGCCAGUGAUGACGACAACCUUGAGCCUGGGUUCAUCAGCAUCGUCAAGCUGGAGAGUCCUCGACGAGCUCCACGCCCCUGCCUGUCACUGGCCAGUAAGGCCCGAAUGGCUGGUGAGCGAGGAGCCAACGCAGUACUCUUUGACAUCACCGAGGAUCGAUCAGCUGCCGAGCAGCUGCAGCAGCCUCUGGGGCUGACUAAGCCAGUGGUGCUGAUCUGGGGUCAUGAUGCGGAGAAGCUGAUGGAAUUUGUAUACAAGAAUCGGAAGGCCUAUGUGUGGAUUGAGCUGAAGGGGCCCCCAGCUGGGGCAAAUUAUGACGUGUGGAUCCUUCUGACUGUGGUGGGUACCGUCUUUGUGAUCAUCCUGGCUUCAGUGCUGCGCAUCAGGUGCCGCCCCCACCGUAGCAGACCGGAUCCUCUUCAGCAGCGGACAGCCUGGGCCAUCAGCCAGCUGGCCACCAGGAGGUACCAAGCCAACUGUAGACGGGCUCGAGCCGAGUGGACAGACUCAGGGAGUAGCUGCAGCUCGGCCCCCGUGUGUGCCAUCUGUCUGGAAGAGUUCUCAGAGGGGCAGGAGCUCCGGGUCAUUUCCUGCCUCCACGAAUUUCAUCGAACUUGUGUGGACCCCUGGCUACACCAGCAUCGGACUUGCCCCCUCUGCAUGUUCAACAUCGUAGAGGGAGAUUCAUUUUCCCAGGCCCUGGGACCCUCUCCAUCUUACCAGGAACCAGGCAGAAGACUCCACCUCAUUCGCCAGCAUCCUGGCCACGCCCACUAUCAUCUCCCUUCUGCCUAUCUGUUGGGCCCUUCUAGGAAUUCAGUCGCCCGGACCCCAAGACCUAGACCCUUCCUGCCCUCCCAGGAGCCAAGUAUGGGCUCUCGGCAUCAGCGCCUUCCCAGGGCUUCACAUCUCCGGGCACCAGAAGAACAGCAGCACUUGGCAGUAUCUCCGCACCCCUAUGCACAGGGCUGGGGGCUGAAUCGCCUCCGAUGUACCUCUCAGCAUCCCACAGCUUGCCCAGUGGCCCUACGACGGGCCAGGCCUCAUGACAGCAGCGGGUCUGGAGAAAGCUACUGUACAGAACGCAGUGGUUACUUGGCAGACGGGCCAGCCAGUGACUCCAGCUCAGGGCCCUGUCAUGGCUCUUCUAGUGACUCGGUGGUCAACUGCACGGACAUCAGCCUGCAGGGCAUACAUGGCAGCAGUUCUACCUUCCGAAGCUCCCUGAGCAGUGACUUUGACCCCUUGGUUUAUUGUAGCCCUGAAGGGGAUCUCCAAGGGAAAGGGAUGCAACCUCGUGUGACCUCACGGCCCCGCUCGCUGGACUCAGUGGUACCCACGGGAGAGACCCAGGUUUCCAGCCACAUACACUAUCACCGUCACCGACACCACCACUACAAAAAGCAGUUCCAGUGGCAUGGCAGGAAGCCUGGCCCAGAAACCCGGGUCCCACAGUCCAGGCCUGCUGCUUCUCACACUCAGCUGGAGCCAUCUCUUCCUGACCAGCAGCUCACCACACCCAACCCAACAGCUUCUUCAGUGCUCCCCAAUCCACAACGGCCCAGGACCCUUACAGAGCCAGCCCCUGGCCUAGCAGAAGCUGCCAGCCUUAGCCCCACUUCCAGCCCCAACCCCAGCAGUCUUUUGAACUUGCAGAAAUCCAGUCUCACUGUCAGACACCCACAGAGAAAACGGCGGGGUGGCCCCUCAGAACCUCUGCCAACCUCUCUGCCCCAGGACUUGACUGUGCACACAGCUUGCCCGGUUUUCCCCCACUACAGCCCCAGUCUAGCAUACCCUUGGCCCCCAGAAGUUCAUCCAUUGAUGUUCAGACCUCCGGGCCUGGCUAGGAGGCUGCUACAUGAAGUCCCAGGCCCCUGUUACUCAAGUUCACAGCCAGUGUGGUUGUAUCUGAAUCCUCGCCAGCCUCUGGGACCAUGCUUACCUGGAGAGGGAUAUUCCACGUGGAGUUUUGACACCCCAGAGGACAGGAGAUGUCCUCACUCACACUGCCAGGUGCUGCCAGCCCAGCCUGGCUCAGAAGAGGAGCUUGAGGAGCUGUGCGAACAGGCUGUGUGAUGUGAAGUGGGGAGAUGCGAGAUGAAGCGUCAACCACGAGUGCGCUCCUGGUGACUCUCGGUGACUCAGGGUUCUACCUGGCACAGGGUCCUGCUCCUGGGAGGAGCAAAGACCUUAGCAAGCAUCUCUUUUUGCCAUGCUUCCUGGGACCACUGUAAGAAGAGUGGUGACAGUGGGUGGCAGGAGGUGCUGUUUCCUGCCCCCAGCUCCCAAGCUUGUCUGCAGAACACACCUACAGUGCAGAAAGGCUUGUGUCCAGCCAGUAUCCAGUAUGCAUUGGUGGAGUAGACUCCUAAAGGCUGAGUUUUUGACAGGAAGCUAUGAGUGAAUAUCUAGAUAUCCUAUCCUAAAGGUGCUGCUGUUUCCUCAAGCCCUGCUGGGUUCCCCUGCUGGGUCUCCUUUGCCCCAGGCUUCAAGCACACAUAAGCCAGUGGGUUCAGCUGAGUGCAUGACCAUGGCUCAGCUCCUUUCAAGGCUUCGCUGGGGCAACUUCAGCUUUAUCAUUUCCUGUCUUCACAAAAGAACGAGGAGUUUAGGUGAGCCUCAGUCCCAAGAGAGGUCUCUGUACCUCCUCCAGCCAGCACCCACCUGCUUGGUGCUCAGGGAGGAGCGGUUCUUAAACCAAUCUUACCCUGCAGGCUUGGGGGAGCCAAGGAAUAGAGUUCUGUCCCAGAGGUGGGGAUUGUGACAGACCUGCCUGGGAUGAAUCUUUUAAUUAUCAAACUCCUUGUCACUCCAGCAACUCCAGUUCCUCUGAGGUAGAGAACAGGAAUGGAGGGAAUUAGUGCUCCUGGAAGCUUUACUGCCCAUUAUGUCCAAGGCAGGCAGAAAGGAAUGUCUUCUAGACUUCAUCUGGGAAGAGGUGGGGGAUGAGAUGAGGGCAGAGAAAGCAUAGCUACAGCUGAGCAAAGGCAGGAGUCUCCUCUGAGGGGUUCUUGGAGCAGAAAUGGAGAAUGAUAACAUGUAACCUCGUGGGUCUGCAGGGCCCAGAGGCCCACCUUCCGAGUAUAAGCCAUACAAACCAGCAACCCAAUUGAAGCUGUGCAAGUGGAACCGGAGCGAAGAGUUGGCCUGGGACGCUUUACCAAGUGGGCAAGGGUUGAUGGGCUCCUGUGGCUCUUGGUCCCAGCAUCCUGACCAUCAUCAGCCCCUCAGGCAGUAUCCUUGCCUGGAAUGUGAAUGUGGGGGCAAAAUGGACAUGGGAUCCUACUUGGGAACCUUCUCUCCUCAGAGUCAAUGGGGAGACUGGCAUCCAGGCACCCACAUGGGUAUUUAUAUCUGAACCAGACAGAAAGAUGCUUGAAUCAGGCGCUAUGUUGAGAAAUGUAUUUAUUUGCUAAUAUAUUUAUCCAUAAAUAUGA